CAUUGGUUGGCCACACGCUCGUCACUCCCCCAUCCGUCGGAAGUGCGUUCUCCUCCUGCGUCUCCCAACAGUCUGAACCCGCCUGCGAGCUCGCGCUGUCGGCCUCCUCCUCACGCCUUUGCUCGGUUUGUCAAGCAGAAGCACGGGGUUGGUGGAUCGGAGAUCUGGCCUCGGAUUAUGCUGCCAAUCCAACCGACCAGAAGGAUGUGGGAUUCAGCUGCUCUCCUGCUUUUUAAAAGCCAACCUCAGGAACCAGCACUUCUGUGUUUUAUUCGCCAGGGUUGAGCGUAUGUGGGACAGUAGCGAGUCUAACAGCCUUCAGACAAAAGACGGCUGCGAAGUAAUAUUCACAAAUAAAAAGGGUCGUUGUCUCCAUUCUAUGGAGAAAGUGGGCAAGAUGUGGGGUAACCUCAGGAGUCGAUGCCAAGCCCUCUUCCACAACGAUGGCUCAGAGUCCCAUCUGUGUAGCCAGGAUUUAGAUUGCGUCCACUGUGUGGUGGACUUGGGCAGGGGAGCACAUGCAGAACCCUAUGAAACUAGGUCUUCCACACCCUCACGGACCUUGUCACCACUCCCACUGGUUCCUGGAGGACGCAGAGGCCAUAACUGUGUGGCAGAUAUUCCCCAGAUAGUAGAAAUCUCCAUUGACAAAGAGAGCGAGGAUGCACGGAGGGGUCCCCAUGUCCGUAGGGACUCCUACUCGCGUCAUGCUCCCUGGGGAGGUAAAAAGAAGCAUUCUUGCUCAACUAAAACACAAAGUUCACUUGAGGCUGACAGGCGAACGUGGCGCUCAAGAGGAAGUACAGCUAGGAGGGAGUGUCGCUAUGGAGUUAGCUCUAUGCAAGAGAUUAAUGAUUCCGUAGGAGCUGGCAGCAGUGGGCGCAGCCUUAGCACCCGUUCUCUACGACAGCGACUUCGGGACACUGUAGGCUUGUGCCUUCCUCUCCCCACACAACACCGCUCUCAGUCAGCCAAAGGCCAGGUGUCCUCCAAACGUAAAAUCCACCUUACUGAACUCAUGCUCGAAACAUGCCCUUUCCCACACGGUUCAGAUCUGGCCAACAAGUGGCACCUAAUUAAGCAACAUACGGCGCCAGUCAGCCCUCAUUCCUCAACUGCUCUUUUGGAUGCAUUUGAUUCGGCACAUCCAUCCCCUGAAGACGAAGAGGAGAGGCUGCGUGAACGCCGUAGACUUAGCAUAGAGGAAGGAGUGGAUCCCCCUCCAAAUGCACAGAUCCAUACGCUGGAAGCAACUUCACAGAACUCUUCUCUCUAUAAACUGGGACCAAAGACGGCUCCUGGUGUUGGGGAAGGACUUGGUGAGGGCAGAAGUCUGGGAACAGUCUCAUCUAUUUCUGGGGGCUUAUCGGGGCUUGCUGCACAGGUUGCAGCGAAUAUGGCAGUGCCAUCCCACACUGUUGACUGUGACUCUGAGGAGGACUCAACUACUCUUUGCUUACAGACACGGAGGCCCAAGCAGAGGCAUGCUUCUGGGGACACUCACUGCUCCAGACAGCCGGGGCCUUGGAAGGUCCACACGCAGAUUGACUAUAUUCAUUGUUUGGUGCCUGACCUACAGGCCAUAACUGCACUUCCUUGUUAUUGGGGGGUGAUGGACCGGUACCAAGCAGAAGCACUGCUGGACGGACGACCAGAGGGCACCUUCCUGUUACGUGAUUCUGCACAGGAGGACUACUUGUUUUCUGUUAGCUUUCGACGUUACAAUCGUUCACUGCAUGCACGCAUUGAACAAUGGAAUCACAACUUUAGCUUUGAUGCGCAUGACCCCUGUGUCUUCCACUCUUCCACAGUAACAGGCCUGCUGGAGCAUUAUAAAGACCCCAGUGCCUGUAUGUUCUUUGAGCCCCUGCUCACUGCUCCCUUACACCGGACUUUCCCUUUCAGCCUUCAGCACCUGGCACGAGCUGCCAUCUGCAGACACACCACCUACGAUGGCAUUGGUGCCCUGCCACUGCCUCCAACCAUGCAGGACUUCCUGAAGGAGUAUCAUUACAAACAGAAAGUCCGUGUGCGCUGGCUAGAGAGAGAGCCACCACUCAAGGUCAAAUGAGGUCUGGCUCUGCUCCCAAGAGAGGCAGGAUUGUGGGCAAGAGCUUUGCCGCCAGAGGAGUAUGUGGCUCAUAUUAUCCAUCAGACAGUUGGCUUUAGAUACACAGCAACAGAGGAUGUUAUGAACUUCCAGCUGUUUUUUUCCGGUUAAUACUACACAUGGAAUCCAUACAUAUGUUUCAGUGCAGUACAUUCUGUCAAGCUAGCUUAACCGCUGAAGUGUCGAGCAUGUUGGGAAUGAGAUGGUCUUAUUCUCUCUGCUCUUUUCCUAAGACCUUAUAUCCUUUGGAUCUCCACUAGCCUGCCCGCAUGCCCCUUGCAUUCUAUCUUCUAGUGUUUUACACUAUUUUGAGUAGUAAAACUGGGUGUUGUCACAUUAACUAGCCUCUUUUGUCAGGCAAAUGGAUCAACAGAAGCUUAGUCCAGUGAUUAAAAUAUAUUUAAGUAAUCUUGGAAGUAUUCAUACCUGAAUAUCUGCUACUCUAAAUAUUUGAUGUUAAAUAUCUAGUCACGUAAACUAUAUGCCUAUUUGCUAAGUCACGGCUAAUGUAUCAGCAAUACCUUCAAGAUACUUUACAGUGACCUCCUACAAGUGUCAAGUUCCCUGAGGCAGCACUUGUUAAGCCUUGUGUACAUGGACAGGAUCACAGUUAUACACGCACCUCUCAGCACUAAGCAUGCUUUAUUUUUAAAAUCGAGGCAGACAGAAGUGAAAGGCAUGAAUUAAUUGCGGGGAGGAGGGAGCACAGUGCACCAUGUGCCAUAUGAUAGAGAGGACAGAUUAUUUAAAACUAGGCCCUCAUGUAGUUUCAUAUCCCAGCAUAAUACUUGUUUUAAACAAUCUAUUUUACAAUUUUCUAUUUUUAUCAGUGACAGUCUAAAAUGACAUAUGGCACUUUAAUUGUUGUUUGUGUACCGCACAAUGACUUAUAGACUCAAGUACAUGCAUAUAAACAGAUUGUAUUGUUUGUCUGUGUGUUUUUUUUAAUGGACCUUAUUCAUAGGAUGUUAAUUUAUCCCCCAUAUUCUUCGCAUGAGUCACCCGAAGUUUGUUAGUGUCAAGUGUCUCAUACCUUUCCUGUGCAUAUGGUUUGUACUCGAGGCUAAUAUGGUUAUAUAUGCAACAGCCGAAAUUGGACCGAGAAAGUCCUCUGUAAAACUUGUAUAGAUACCUCUAAGAUUGUUUUCACUUUAGAUAUUGUUGGAAACCAGACAGAUGCCAUCACUGCGUAUAUAUUUAAUGUUUAUUGGAUUGAUGUCCAGUAAUGUUAUAAAGUGUGAUUGGUUCCACUUGAUAAUGUUGCACUUAUAUUCAUUAUGAAGCAUGCAGCUAUGCUUCUUUCAUCAUAAUUGUGUGCACUAGGGUUUGAGAUUCCCUCGACACUGUAAAGAUAUAGUUUUGAUGUGCUUG